AUGGUGACAGAUGUCAGAGGGUUCACUCACCCACAGAAGGAGGAAUACUUCAUGAAGAGAUUCAGAGAUAAGCAGGCCAGCACCAUCAUCUCCCACAUCAAGACAUCACGAAGCCUCCACAUCAUGUGCCACAUCCCAGUCUUCUGCUGGAUCACUGCUACAGUCCUGGACGAUGUGUUGAAAAGCAGAGAGGGAGGAGAGCUGCCCAAGACCCUGACUGAGAUGUACAUCCACUUCCUGGUGGUUCAGUCCAAACGGAAGAAGGUCAAGUAUGAUGGAGGAUCUGAGACAGAUCCACACUGGAGUCCAGAGAGCAGGAAGAUGAUUGAGUCUCUGGGAAAACUGGCUUUUGAGCAGCUGCAGAAAGGCAACCUGAUCUUCUAUGAAUCAGACCUGACAGAGUGUGGCAUCGAUAUCAGAGCAGCCUCAGUGUACUCAGGAGUGUUCACACAGGUCUUUAAAGAGGAGAGAGGGCUGUACCAAAACAAGAUGUUCUGCUUCGUCCAUCUGAGUGUUCAGGAGUUUCUGGCUGCUCUUCAUGUCCAUCCGACAUUCAUCAAGUCUGGGGUCAAUCUGCUGGCAGAAGAACAAACAACAUUGGAAGUGAACAGAGAAACACGUUUCUACCAGAGUGCUGUGGACGAGGCCUUAAAGAGUCCAAAUGGACACCUGGACUUGUUCCUCCGCUUCCUCUUCGGUCUUUCACUGCAGACCAAUCAGACUCUCCUACGAGGUCUGCUGACACAGACAGGAAGUAGCUCACAGACCAAUCAGGAAACAGUCAAGUACAUCAAGAAGAAGAUCAGUGAGAAUGUGUCUGCAGAGAGAAGCAUCAAUCUGUUCCACUGUCUGAAUGAACUGAAUGAUCGUUCUCUAGUGGAGGAGAUCCAACAGUACUUGAGAUCAGGAAGUCUCUCCACGGAUAAACUGUCUCCUGCUCAGUGGUCAGCUCUGGUCUUCAUCUUACUGUCAUCACAAAAUGAUCUGGACGUGUUUGAUCUGAAGAAAUACUCUGCUUCAGAGGAGGUUCUUCUGAGGCUGCUGCCAGUGGUCAAAGCCUCCAACAAAGCUCUGUUGAGUGACUGCAACCUCUCAGAGAGAAGCUGUGCAGCUCUGUCCUCGGUUCUCAGCUCCCAGUCCUCUAGUCUGAGAGAUCUGGACCUGAGUCACAACAACCUGCAGGAUUCAGGAGUGAAGAAGCUUUCUGCUGGACUGGAGAGUUCACACUGUGGACUGGAAACUCUCAGAUUGACUGACUGUAACCUCUCAGAGAGAAGCUGUGCAGCUCUGUCCUCAGUUCUCAGCUCCCAGUCCUCUAGUCUGAGAGAUCUGGACCUGAGUCACAACAAUCUGCAGGAUUCAGGAGUGGAGCAGCUUUCUGCUGGACUGGAGAGUCCACACUGUGGAUUGGACACCCUCAGGUUGAAUGACUGUAACCUCUCAGAGAGAAGCUGUGUAGCUCUGUCCUCAGUUCUCAGCUCCCAGUCCUCUAGUCUGAGAGAUCUGGACCUGAGUAACAACAACCUGCAGGAUUCAGGAGUGAAGAAGCUUUCUGCUGGACUGGAGAGUCCACACUGCAGACUGGACACCCUCGGGUUGACUUACUGUAACCUCUCAGAGACAAGCUGUGCAGCUCUGUCCUCAGUUCUCAGCUCCCAGUCCUCUAGUCUUAGAGAUCUGGACCUGAGUAACAACGACCUGCAGGAUUCAGGAGUGAAGCAGCUUUCUUUUGGACUGAAGAGUCCACACUGUGGACUGGAAACACUCAGUCUGUCAGGAUGUCUGAUCACAGAGGAAGGCUGUGCUUCUCUGGCCUCAGCUCUGAGCUCCAACCCCUCCCAUCUGAGAGAGCUGGACCUGAGCUACAAUCAUCCAGGAGACUCAGGAGGGGAGUUACUGUCUGCUGGACUGGAGGAUCCACACUGGAGACUGGACACUCUCAGGAUGGACCAUGGUGGACCGCAGAGACUGAAACCUGGUCUGAGGAAGUAUGCCUGUGAACUGGAACUGGAUCCAAACACAAUGAACAAAUUCCUCAAACUGUCUGAUAACAACAGGAAGGUGACACGUGUGAAGAAGGAUCAGUCAUAUCCUGAUCAUCCAGACAGAUUUGAUUACUGGCCUCAGCUGCUGUGUAGAAAUGUUCUGACUGGUCGCUGUUACUGGGAGGUUGAGUGCAGAGGAGGAGUUUAUCUAUCAGUGACUUACAGAGUAAUCAGAAGGAAAGGAGACAGUUAUGACUGUUGGUUUGGAUGGAAUGAUCAGUCCUGGAGACUGGAGUGCUUUCAUGGUCGUUACUCUGUCUGUCACAAUAAGAGAGAAACAUCCAUCUCCUCCUCCUCCUCCUCUAUCUCUAACAGACUAGCAGUGUAUGUGGACUGUCCUGCUGGCACCCUGUCCUUCUACAGAGUCUCCUCUGACACACUAAUCCACCUCCACACCUUCUACACUACAUUCACUGAACCUCUGUAUGCUGGGUUUAGGCUCUGCUGGUCUGGUUCCUCAGUUUCUCUGUGUCCUCUGUAG